AUCUGUCGUACCUGAUAAAUAUAAGAAGCUAUCGUGUAUCAGGAGACAUUUAUUUGUCUGCAGUUCAAUUUCAUUCAUACUUCAAAAGAAACCUUUAGCAUUCAAAGGAAUCCGUUUGAUUUUAUUGUGAUUUUUGAAAAUGAAAGUUUUAAUUCAAUUUCUUGUAAUCGGAUCGUUGGCUUCCGCUGUUCUUACCGUUGGAUUAUACGGCUAUCCGUGCGAAGAGAAUUCUGGCUGUGACGCGACGGGAAAUCUGCAAUGCAUAAACAAUCAAUGCAGUUGUCAGAGUGGCUUCACGCGAAACAUGUUUGAUACAUGCUGGAGAGCUCAUGGUGAACCGUGCGAAUGGAUUUUGGAUUGCAACGUGCAUACAUUCCUGAAAUGUAAUGACACGACGAACACAUGCGAUUGUCAACAACCAGACCGACAGGUGUACGACCCGGCACGUGAAACCUGCGUAUCACGAGUAGGAUACACUUGCAGCCAUGAAACUACAGCACCAUUUUCUUUGUUCUGUGUGGAGAACGGUGUCUGUGAUAUGCCAUUCGUUGGAGGGAUCAUGAUUCAUUCAUGCAUUUGUGUUGAAGGAUACCGCAUGACGAAAGAUCGUCUGUGUGAGAAAAUUCCCACCUGGCCACCUAUACGCCCCUAGGUUUGACAAUAGCUUUCAACUGAUGCCGCCCUUGAUUUCUUCAUUUAUGUAAAAUAAACUUAAAUUUCAGAGAAAA